AACCUUCCUUCCCAAAUCUCAGCCAAAAUUAGAAUCGUUUUCUGCUGCCGUUGACGUCACUUUCGCGAGGAGGAGGGAAUAACUCUGAAUUUUUCAGAGAAGGGAAAAUGCUUAGGGCAGGUUGCAGGAAGUUUCUAGGGUUGGUGCCGCAACAGAACAAUCAAGCGCCUGUUUUGGUUCGGCUCUACCAUGAAAGGGUUGUGGAUCACUACAACAACCCUCGAAAUGUUGGAUCCUUCGAUAAGAACGAUCCCACGGUUGGAACGGGGCUUGUUGGUGCUCCGGCUUGUGGUGAUGUUAUGAAGCUUCAGAUAAAGGUGGAUGAAGAGACAGGGAAGAUCACCGAUGCCUGCUUCAAGACUUUCGGUUGUGGAUCAGCCAUCGCUUCUUCUUCCGUAGCUACUGAAUGGAUAAAGGGGAAACAGAUGGAGGAAGUUGUAACAAUAAAAAAUACGGAAAUUGCAAAACAUCUCUCACUGCCUCCGGUGAAGCUUCAUUGUAGCAUGCUUGCAGAGGAUGCCAUCAAGGCAGCUGUUAAAGAUUAUGAAGCAAAGCGAGCCAAGACAGAGGCAAAUGCUGCAGCUGAACCUACUGAGAGGGUUGCUAAUGCGUAAUGAACUGUUAUGCAUUUGGGAUGAGGAUUUGGCUGUUUACUCUAGGAUGUCAUGCUAAUGUAUGAUGUUUGAACCUUGGUCUAUACCUAGACAGCCUGCCUUCCUCAGGCUUCCUUUUUAUAUUUUUUACAUGCUUUUGCUACAAGCUUUACAACCUUUAGUUCAUAAGACUUUGUACUAAACCUUUAUACCUCUGUUCGGUUGGGUGUGAAAUUUUAUCUUAAUACAUGCAAGUAUUAAAGUA